CUGUUUACAUCGCUCCAUCUCUCUCGCACGCUUUUCGCUGCUGUGAGUUUCUUUUUUUUUUUGUGUAUUAAACAAAUUGUUUAAAAAGAACUCCAGUUAUACAGGCCUAAUGGCGGUGUAAUUGAAUAGUGGCUGUAAACAAAAGAAGAAAGUGGGCGGGAAGUGCAACCUAAACAUUUGGCGAUACCAUUUUGCAAUAUGCCAGCGACCAAUCAACGAGGCCACAACAACAACAUGGCGCACCUGCAACAGAAAUCUUCAUGUUGACGUCAACAAAGUGAAAUUCGAUCAAAGAGAAUCGUGCCGAUAAAGAACGCGCCCAAAGAGGAGCACAACAAACGGAUAGCCGGGCUAAAGAGGAAGCGCCGAGGAGGAGUCGUACGAUCAACAUGUACUCCGAAUGGGCCUCGCUGUCCGCCCAAAUUACGGCCAACAGCUGCGGCGCCCAAUGCUUCAGUGUCCUGAACAAAUUUCCCGCCUCCGCAGGACGCGAGGUGGUCGUCUCGGUGGUCAAGCAGCUGGGCACCAAUCUGGGCAUCACCCAGAACGCGGAACCCAGUCACCUGGUCAAGGACGAAGAGGUAAAAUGGUGCAUGGACGUGAUCUGCUUUGGUCUUUCGUUGCCGCUGCAGGAGCACGAGACAAUCAAGGACUGCGUGAAUGUGUACUGUGAGUGGCUGACGGCACUGCAUCCGCAGCCCAGGAUCAGUGUCCCGAAGCCGAUCUGUGAGGAUGCCAACCUGUAUGCCCGCCAGAUCAUCAACCACUUCCACAAUCUGUUUGUGCCGCGUCAGGGUGAAAUCUUGCCAUUUCUAUACCAAACCACGCUUGGUGCCGACACCAUUAAGCGGCAGGCAGUGCUCUGCCAUAGGGUGUUGCGAACCCUUCAACAAACUGCCCAAAUAUCGCAGCUGAUGGACCGCCAGACUUGGGACACCCUGCUCCUCUUCCUGCUGGCCAUCAAUGAGAUUCUGCUGGCCCCGCCCACCGUCAAGGAUGACGUGGGCGAUCAGCUGUGCGAACGCGUGCUGUCCGUGCUCUUCGAGGUCUGGCUGUUGGCCUGCGUGCGAAGCUUUCCCUCGCCCUCAAUGUGGAAGACUCUGCAGGAAUCGUGCGCCAUGUGGCGGCAUCGUGUGGCCCUUGUGGAUCAAUGGAAUCGUGUGAACCUGGCCCUAACCGCUCGCCUGCUGGAGUUCAGUUAUGGUCCCGCUUUUCCCCAGCUCAAAAAUGCUGACGAGGAUAACCAGCUGAUACCCAUUGGCAUGUCCAAUGAUUGCGUGGCCCAGACGUGGUACCGCUUCCUCCGGAUGAUUGGCAAUCCCACGGCCCUUUGUUCGCCACAUCUCAUCAGCAAGUCAUCGCACUUCGUACAGUGGGCCCUGACCCACGAAAAGGGCGCCGAGACGCAUCAGCAUCCGUGUCUGCAGCAACUGCCGCAGAUCUUCCUCAAUGCGAUGAAGGGCAUCUCAAGUCAAGUGGACGCCUUUCUAGGCGUUUAUCAGCCGCCGCCGCAGCAAUCGGAUGGCGUAGUUACCAAUCUGCUGGAGAUCCGGCACUCGCUCAACGAGGCCACCUCCACGACCCUGCAGCAGUUCAUCCACUCGAGCAGCGCCACGAAUAUAGCCAAUCAGCACCAGGCGAACCAACACCAUCACCAUCACCUCCACUAUCCGCAUUUGCAUUUACAUGGCGCCGGUAGCUUUCUGCGCGACAAUUUCAUGAGCAAUUCGGCCAGUUCUGCUCUGAAUGCCAUCAUGGGUCACCAUGGCGGUGGUCACCACCAUCACCACCACCACCACAACCACAAUCAGCAGCAACAGCAGCAGCAGCUUCAGAUCAGUGCCUCGCCCACCAGCAAUCAAAUGUCGACGACUGGUGGCUCCGCCGUGGGCAGUACCAGUGCCGGUGGCAGUCAUUCCGCCGGAGUCGUUGGCAGCAUCUCCUUUGGCAACACCACGGAAUCAUCUGGAAUUGGUCCGGCUGCCUCUGCCACGCCCACUCCGCCACUGCAACGACGCCUGGCGAAAAGCUUCAGCGUGGCGCCGACCAUCACACAGCAGAAGGGCUUGAGCAAGACCUCGCUUAUUGGCCUCACCGGCGGCGGUGCACGCAACGCGAUCAUCAGCAGCAGCAGCAGCAGCAGUACUACGACCAACACUUCCAGCACCGCCGCUGCCAGUGGCGGCACCACCGGUGGUGUCUCCUCCUCCUCCUCCUCCUCCACCUUCUCCUCGACGACCGCCAUUGGUGGCUCCGGUGGCGGCGGCGGCGGCGGUGGAGCAGGAAUCCCAGCCGGCCCGGGAAUCCCCGGCAGCACGGGAGCGGGCACGGGCAGCGGAUCCGCUCCUGCCCCGGCGCCCACCACUCCCACGUCCACGUCGGGUCCGCCGUCGGCGAGCAGCAGCAUCAACUCUCUGCCGCUGACUUCGAUGGGAGCGGGCGUUGAGUUGGCCGUGGCCAGGCCCAAGUGCAACAGCAUUCUCCACGUAUUCCACGAGUGGCUCUUCGAGGCGGCGCACAUCGGCGGCGACACUUGGCGCCAGAACCGCAAGAAGCAGGCAUGCGAGGCCAGUAAGCGGCCGUCGUCGAUGAUCAUGGAGCACCGCAAGGGAUCCAUUUCGCUGUCGCAGCCCAAUUCGCUGAACGAUCCGCAGUCGCUGCCGCCGACACUGACCAUUGACAAGUACGAGUCUGGACGGGCCGAGGCUAUUGGCACACUCUGCAAGAUCUUCUGCGCCAAGAAGACGGGCGAGGAGAUCCUACCCGUCUAUCUGGCACGCUUCUACAUGGCGCUGCAGCAGUGCCUGAAGAUCACGGAAUCGCGGGAGUGCGACGAAACGCUGGCCAGCAUACUGCUCCACUCGAGCGACCUCUUUCGCUUGGAUCUGGAUGGCAUCAAUGUGCUGCUGCCGGGCUUCAUUGCCGCCCUGGAGAUUGUGCUGCCCGACAAGGACCUUAAGCUGAAGACCCAGUCCAUGGUCUUCAAUCGCACCGAGUUACGUCGCUCGGCCAUCAACAUCCUGCUGUCCAUCAUGGUGCUGCCCCUGCACUACCAGACGUUGCCCAUACGGGAUCUGACCAGCGAAACGAGCGAGAAAAUGUACACCUUCAUACAGCUGAAGUCGCGGCUGAUGAACAUCCUGAUGAACGCGCUGCAGGUGGAAACGGAUGCCCAGAACACGCACAUGCUGCUGGGCGGCCUGUUGCUCUGCGUCCAGGAUGCCGUCACCUUCGAGGAGACGGAACUGGGCGGCGGCAAUGCCAGUCUCUCGCACAACUCCAGUGGCGUCCAGCACCACGAGGCCAAUUUGCUGAGCUCCGCGUGCUCGGAGCGUUCCGCUUCGCUGGUCAGCGCUGGCACGGCCAGUUUGGGUGGCCAGACGACGGCCACCAUGGGAGCGGGAUCGGGCUCCAUUCGCGACACCGCCUCCGCCCACGAUUAUCCCAGCCUGACCAUUUCGGAUGAUAUGUCAUUCGAGUUCGGCCAGGAGCUGGAGGGCGUAACCACCUAUGAUAAUGCCCAUGCCCUAUUUGUGCGCGCCACGUAUUUGGUUUGUCAUCGUCUGAUCUCGUCGUGGAAGACGGAUCUGAAUGUUUCGCUGGCCGCCUUGGAGCUGCUGUCUGGUUUGGCCAGGUUGCAUAUCCGGGAAACAGACACAUUAGUGAAAAUAUACGAAGCUAGUCAGAAUCUAACGAUAAUCUCCUCAGACGCUCUAGAGUGCAAGCGGGCCGUGAAGUGGAUCUGUGACUAUAUCUGCUACCAGUGCUCCCGUCCGCCGCCGGCGCACAGCAAGGAUCUGCAUAGCACCAUUGUGGCGGCGUUCCAGUGCACCGCCGCCUGGCUGAUGCAACAUCCGUAUCUGCUGCAGGACAAGGAUUGCCUGCAAACGGUGCUCGAGGUGGUGGAACUGGGCAUUUCGGGCACCAAGAGUCAGACCAAGGGCACCGAUAUACCCAAGUUUAAGGACGAAAAGGAACUGAAGCCGGCAUCGAUGAGGGUGCGUGAUGCUGCCGAGAAUCUGUUGACCAUUAUUCUGGAGCAAGUGGGUUACUUUCCCAGCGAAUGUGGCCCGGAAUCCAUAUCCUCGCUGCUCGAUGAGUUGGCCCUCAUGAAGCAUUGCAAUUCAAUGGUGCCGGCGGCGGCGGCCAGCAGCGAGCAAGCCAUUGCCAAGUUCAAGUACUUUGUCACCGAGAACUCCACCAUAUUGGCGCUGCUCGAGGAGCCGCUGGGCAAUGACCAGGAUCCCCAGCCCACGGUGACUUUACUCAUACGCGGUCCAUUUGGUCGACAUGCGUGGACGAUGCAGCUGCGCCAUCUGCCGCGCAGUAAAUCGGGGAUUAAAUACCAUGCCGUUAAUCCUGGCCGGCCCAUACCCAUGAACGAUGUCACCCAGCGGCCGGAAUGCGAGCAAAAGAAUUUCCCGGACGGUGUGGACAAGGUGCAACCAUGUGUGGCAGACUACUCCAUACCGACGAUCGAGCAGAUGCGUGAGCAAUACGGUGCGGCCAGCAUUCGAGAGCUGGAGGCGAUGCUGGAAACGCAAAGCAUCCAUGAGAAGUUGGCCUGGGCGGAGGCGGACACCAGUGCGGAUAGUUUGUCGCAUGGACAGGAAUGUGUGCCGCCGGCGGUGUGCCACGAGUUCCAUGCGGCACGGCUCUUCCUCUCGCACUUCGGUUUCCUUGGCUUCGAGACGCGCAAUCCGCACAAUCCCGCCGAGGCAUUGGGCAAUCCGCCACAGCGACCGCUCAUCGUGCUGGACACCAAGUCCACGGCCUUUGCCGCCGAUCUGGAGCGACUGGACAAGCUGAGUGCCCGGACGCACGACACCGUCUAUGUGUUCUAUGUGAAGUCCGGACAGACGAGUGCCCAGCAGAUUAUCGGUAAUAUGUCGGAGGAGCAAUCCGCCGGCCAUGAUCCGCACUUUGCCAGCAUGCUGCAGACCUUGGGCUGGCCAGUUCAGGUCACGGAGCACUCCGGCUGGACGGGUUUUGCCCACAAUUCGUGGUCACUCAAGGGAACGCCCGAGGAACAGCAGCUGAAAAUCAAUACGGCCGCCAAUGAGCUCAACUACAAUGGGUCGCAGAGGGUGCUCUACUGGGCGGAUGUGUCCUCGGAAAUUGCCUUUGUGGUGCCCACGACGUGGAAUCUACGACAUAAUAGCGACACCGGUGGCGACGGUGCAAGUAUCUCGAGUGCAGAUCAAAUUGGCACCAGCAAUGUGUGGGCACGCGGCGAGGCGGAUGGCAUGAGUGGAUUGGCGAAAUCCAAGUCAAGGAAUCUCAGUCUGGAGCUGGACACUCACAAUCGUAGGGAGCCUGGGGCCAAGGAGCCAGUGCCGCCGACCCGGCGAAAGGGUAAUGUGACGAAGCCCACACUGUUGGCCCAGGCGCCGGCCAAGAUCUUUCUGGUGUGGCUGGAGAGCUACGAGGAUUACCUCAACUUUCCGCUCGAGGAUGUGCUGGCCUAUACGCGCACCGGCGAGGAAUUGCACACGCUGCAGCUGCCCCGCGCCACCGACUGCCAUGUGAUCUUCGUGCACUCGCUGCUAUCCGGAUUGCUGAGGGUCAAGCUACAGGGUCCGCCCGGGCGGAUGAGCUUUGCCACGCCCCUCGUCGAUGGCAUGGUGCUGAGCCGGCGGGUCGUCGGCAAUCUGGUGCGACAGACGGCAUUAAACAUAUCACGCCGCCGGCGACUGGACAAUGACAACUACCAACCGCCGCAUGUGCGACGACGACUCAAGGUGCAGGACAUUGUCCAGAAGUACAAAAUGGAUCUGAGCGAGGCCGAGCUGCUGGCCCAUCUGUUCCAACGUGCAAUUUAGCCGGCCUUCGAAAGUAUUAACCAAUAUAACCCGAUGGGAUUAGAGCCAGAAAAUGUCGGUCCAUGUCCUUGUCUGUAUUAACGUGUGCUUAACUAAAAAACUCCCACUAAUAAAACAAAAAAAAGAUUCGUAUUCGGUGUCCACUGAGUGUUACCCGAAAGAUAAUCGUAUGCUAAUAUUAUUAUUUUUUUGCUAAUAAAUCGAAUUAUACUUUGUAAAAGUAUUUGUAAUAUUA